GUUUAAAUGGAACAGAGGGAAGGCAGGGAGCUGAGAGCGGACGGGGGUAGAGACCAAGGGACAGGCAUGUACUGUGUGUAUGGAGGGGAGACUCACACUCACACUCACUGAGGGAGGGAAUACUGGGACACUCAGUGUCAGAGGGUGAGAUAUAGAAAUUGGAUUUAUCUCUGCACAGUACCAGCUGUAUGUGAGCUGACUUGGAACAAGCAGAAAAGCUGAGAAGAGAGUUGCAAAAAAUUGCCCUGCUCAGAGGGCUUGCUGGGCCACUAACAACAUGGCUGACAACCUGACUUCGCCAACACUGUCCCCAGGAGAUGACAUUUUCUGCCCAAACGGAACCAAGUGGAUUUUGGAUGCAUUUGGCGACUGCGCAGUGAAUGGGCGGGAUCACGCCAGCGUGUAUCUGGGAAUGAUCUCCAUGGGGUUAUUCAUGGUUUGCACUUUCCCACAGUACUAUGAAGCCUUCAAGACCAAGAAGAUGCACGAAGCCAUGUCCAUAUGGUUCCCCCUGCUGUGGGUGGCCACUGACGCAAUAAACCUCGCUGGGACUUACCUUGCGGACCAACUGCCCCUGCAGAAAUACUUCGGCAUCUACUUUGUCGUGAGCGACUCUCUGAUGCUCGUCGUCUAUCUCUACUUCAAGUUCCAGGACAGUAAACCCAAACCUUACACCGCCUUAAACGCUGUUUGUGGAUUUGCCCUUUUGGGCUGUGUGGCCACUUUCUCUCUGCUUCAGGAGUCGGAACCCGCUGUGCUGACCCCCGAGGAUGUGAUACCCAGCCGGCGCCUACUCUCUACUGAUGGGGAUGAGAGUAAUUCUGUCCGGAUGGUGAUUGGCUUUGCCUGCGGAGUCAUCUCGUAUGGAAUCUACAUCAUAUUUCGUAUUCCCCAGCUCGUGACCAACUUUAAGAGGAAAUCGGUGGAAGGUUUGGCCCUGGGAAUGUUCCUGUUCAUGAUGUCGGGAAACAUCUUCUACGGAAUAAGUAUCGUCAUCAAGAGCCCGGGGGCAGGCGAGACGGAGGCCAGCGAAGCGCUGCAUCACCUUCCCUGGAUCGUAGGCAGCGUCCUCUGCUUCUUUGUCGACUGUACCUUCAUGUAUCAGUUUAUCACUUAUAGACCAAGGAACCUUCCAGAAGAGAAGUUGCCGCUCCUGGAGUCCAACGGAGCCAUCCCUGCCUGACAGGCUGAAGUGGAUCAUGAAGAAAGGGGGCAGCGCUGAGUCACUUUAUACAGACUGGGGAAAUGGUCUCACUCCAGUUCUACUAUGGACUUGUGCUCAUUCCAACUGUGUGUGGCCCUACAGAGAGUGGCCCUAAGCCAAGAGCUCCCCCUGCUGGCAGAGAGGGAUUUUUUUUUAUCAGCUCCCCCAGUGGUUGUUUUCCCUUUGGUUUUAGUGCAUAAAAGAUUUGUAUUUUUAAAAUUUUAAUAAGGACUGGUGGCAGCCGUGCCCCCCGGUGCCCAAAUACCCCAUGUUAUAGUAAGUACAGCAGCCUGAGAAUGCACAGAUGCCCCCCAGCUACAGCCAUCGCCCCAGUACAGUGUUGCUCUGUGAGGCCAGUGUUAUUGUUAUUUUUUAUAACUUGUUUUUCUAUUCAGCCCCUCCCCUAUUCAUAUUCCAUACUCUCAUUCAUUCCACUCCCUGGUCGCUAAGGUAAUUUGGACCCUAGCAACCAGACAGCUGCUGAAACUCCAAACUGCAGAGCUGCUGAACACAAAGUGAAAUAAGUAAAAAACUAUAAAUAAUUAAAAAUGAAGACCAAUUGCAAAUUGUCUCAGCAUAUUACUCUCUACAUCAUAUUAAACGUUCCUUUUCUAAUGUUCCCAUUUUUAUGUGACUAAAUUGGUUCUGUGGAUGAGCCUCAUGUAUCUGCUUCUCAUAAAGUUUAAUUGUUACAAACUGU